UGAUGCGUCUCUCCUCCCACACUUAAUGUAUGCAGUAUGAGCUCUGUCUGGUAGAAUAAACGACGCACAAAAUGGAGUAACAGUCCGUUGACGCCGAUAGAAUUAUUAGAAUAUCAUCCGUCAAAGAUUGUUUACUUUUGGGCAGGUGCAACAUCAAAUCUUCAAAAAUGGAAUACAUACUGUCUUCAGGUCCUUUGUUUAAGUGUUUCGUGGCUCUCCUUCUGUUUCCUCUGAGAAUCGUCUGUGCAGAUCUGAGCUACAAUAUUCCGGAAGAAACGAAGCGCCAGUAUGUGAUUGGAAAUAUAGCCAAGGAUCUCAGGAUGGAAGUAAAACAAUUAUCUGCUCGUAAAGCUCGGAUAGACACGGAGGACAGCAGCAAACGGUAUUGUAAUAUUAAUCUGAAUACUGGUGAUUUAAUCGUGGCAGAGACAAUAGACCGAGAACAGCUUUGUGGUUCUCGAAUGUCCUGCAUUCUCAGUUAUGAGCUCGUCCUGGAAAACCCUCUUGAAGUGCACCGUAUAAUUCUACAAAUUCAGGAUAUAAAUGAUAAUGCGCCACGAUUUCCAAAUGACCGUUUUAACUUUGAAAUAAGAGAAUCAGCAGUUAAAGGCCAGCGAUUUCGUUUGCAUGAGGCUCAUGACUCAGAUGUUGGACAUAACGCGGUCAAUGGAUAUUCACUGGAGAGAAACAAGCAUUUUGUUUUGAAUGUUCAUGAUAGUGCAGUUGGAGGGAAAUACGCAGAACUCGUGUUGGAAAAGGAGCUGGAUCGUGAACAGCAGAAGGAGAUAGAUAUGAUCCUCACAGCCACUGAUGGUGGUUCACCGCAGAGAUCUGGCACUGCUGUCAUACACAUCACUGUUCUAGAUGCCAAUGAUAAUGUCCCAGUAUUUAGUCAGCCUGUUUAUAAGGUCACUCUGGCUGAAAAUACACCUUCAGGAACAGAAAUAAUCAGAGUGAGCGCCACUGAUGCUGAUGAAGGUCCAAACGGGGAAGUGACGUAUGAAUUCAGCGGAUUGUCAGAUAAGAAUGCAAAAUUAUUUUCUAUUGAUAAGACAACUGGACAAAUUGUAGUUACUGGAGAGAUUGAUUAUGAAAGUGAAAUAAACUAUGAAAUGGGAAUUCAUGCUCAAGACGCAUCUGGAUUGGCAUCAACUGCUAAAGUUAUCAUAGAUAUAACUGAUGUUAAUGAUAAUCCUCCUAGAAUCAUACUUAAAUCUUUGAAUAACCCGAUACCUGAAAACUCUGAUCCAGGCACUGAAGUGGGAAUCAUUAAUGUUCAAGACAAAGACUCAGGAGAAAACCGACAGAUUCGUUGCUCUGUUCAGCAAAAUAUUCCUUUCAAACUGAACCCAUCUGUUAAAAACUAUUUCUCUCUAGUAACUACAAAAGCUCUAGACCGAGAGAAAGAAUCUAAUUACAACAUUACCAUCACAGCCACAGAUGGAGGAUCUCCACCAUUAUCCACAUCCAUGACAAUUCAUUUAUUUGUCUCAGAUGUGAAUGACAAUCCUCCUGUAUUUGAGCAGCAGACAUACAGUGCUUAUAUAAGUGAAAAUAACAAACCAGGCACUUCUGUUUGUUCUGUCAGUGCAAAUGACCCAGACUGGAGACAGAACGGGACAGUACUGUACUCUCUGGUACCCAGUGAAGUCAAUGGGGUCCCAGUGUCCUCAUUUCUGUCUGUUAAUGGAGAUACAGGGGUGAUUCAUGCUGUAAGAUCAUUUGACUAUGAGCAGUUCAGAAACUUCAGUGUCAAAGUUGUUGCCAGAGACAAUGGUUCUCCUCCGCUCAGCAGUAACGUGACUGUGAAAGUCUUCAUAACAGAUGAGAAUGAUAACUCUCCUCAGAUAUUAUACCCUGUUCCAGAUGGAAAGUCUUUAAUGACUGAAAUGGUCCCUAAAGCGACUCUCUCGGGCUCUCUGGUCUCCAAGGUGAUCGCUGUAGAUGCUGACUCUGGACAGAACGCAUGGCUGUCCUAUCAGAUCUUGAAAUCUACUGAUCCGGGACUUUUCUCCAUUGGUCUCCAUAGUGGAGAGAUCAAAACACAACGAGACAUUUCUGAAUCUGACAAUAUGAAGCAGAACCUUGUUAUUUCAGUGAAAGAUAACGGUCAGCCCUCUCUGUCUACAACCUGUGCUGUGAAUUUACUCAUUUCUGACAACCUUUCUGAAGUUCCUGAACUUAAAGAUAUGACUUAUGAGGACAACAACUCUAAAUUAACAUCAUACUUGAUCAUUGCAUUAGUUUCCGUGUGCACCUUCUUCCUGACGUUCAUCAUACUGAUGUUGGCAGUGAAGUUUUGUCACAGGAGAAAGCCCAGACUGUUGUUUGAUGGAGCAGUUGCUGUUCCCAGCGCCUAUCUGCCUCCCAACUAUGCAGAGGUGGAUGGAGCAGGAACUCUCCGCAGCUCUUACAAUUAUGACGCUUAUCUAACCACAGGCUCGCGCACAAGUGACUUCAAGUUUGUGAGAUCGUAUAAUGAAAACACGCUUCCUGCUGGUGGGACUCUAAAAAAGGAACACAAUAUUCAGUUUGGCUCGAGCAUGAUAACACUAGAUGUUACAGAAAUUGAAGAUGAGUGUCGCUAUUCACCAAGAGUGCAGACUGAUGCGUCUCUCCUCCCACACUUAAUGUGCAACAUCAGACCUUCACAAAUGGAAUACAGAUUAUUUUCAGUUCCUUUCUUUGCGUUUUUGGUUGCUCUCCUGUUUCCUCUGAGAAUCGUCUGUGCAGAUCUGAGCUACAAUAUUCCAGAGGAAACGAAGCGCCAGUAUGUGAUUGGAAAUGUAGCCAAGGAUCUCAGGAUGGAUGUGAAACAAUUAUCUGCUCGUAAAGCUCGCAUAGACACGGAGGACAGCAGCAAACGGUAUUGUGAUAUUAAUCUGAAUACUGGUGAUUUAAUCGUGGCAGAGACAAUAGAUCGAGAAGAGCUUUGUGGUUCUCGAAUGUCCUGCAUUCUCAGUUAUGAGCUCGUCCUGGAAACCCCUCUUGAAGUGCACCGUAUAAUUUUGCACAUUCAGGAUAUAAAUGACAAUGCGCCACGAUUUCCAAAUGAUCGUAUUAUUUUUGAAAUCAGAGAAUCAGCAGUUAAAGGCCAGCGAUUCCGUUUGGAUGAAGCGCAUGACUCAGAUAUCGGACAUAACGCGGUCAAUGGAUAUUCACUGGGGGUAAACAAACAUUUUGUUUUGAAUGUUCAUGAUAGUGCAGAUGGAGGGAAAUACGCAGAACUCGUGUUGGAAAAGGAGCUGGAUCGUGAACAGCAGAAGGAGAUAGAUAUGAUCCUCACAGCCACUGAUGGUGGUUCACCGCAGAGAUCUGGCACUGCUGUCAUACACAUCACUGUUCUAGAUGCCAAUGAUAAUGUCCCAGUAUUUAGUCAGUCUGUUUAUAAGGUCACUCUGGCUGAAAAUACACCUUCAGGAACAGAAAUAGUCAGAGUGAGCGCCAUUGAUGCUGAUGAAGGUCCAAACGGGGAAGUGACGUAUGACUUCAGCAGAAUUUCAGAUAAAACUGCAAGAUUGUUUUCUAUUGAUAAAAUAACAGGACAAAUUGUGGUGAUUGGAGAAAUUGAUUAUGAAAAUGAAAGGAACUGUGAAGUGGGAAUUCAGGCCAAAGAUGCCUCUGGAUUGGCAUCAACUGCUAAAGUUAUCAUAGAUAUAACUGAUGUUAAUGAUAAUCCUCCUAGAAUCAUCCUUAAAUCUUUGAAUAACCCGAUACCUGAAAACUCUGAUCCAGGCACUGAAGUGGGAAUCAUUAAUGUUCAAGACAAAGAUUCGGGAGAAAACCGACAGAUUCGUUGCUCUGUUCAGCAAAAUGUUCAUUUCAAACUGAACCCAUCUGUUAAAAACUAUUUCUCUCUAGUAACUACAAAAGCUCUAGACCGAGAGAAAGAAUCUGAUUACAACAUUACCAUCACAGCCACAGAUGGAGGAUCUCCACCAUUAUCCACAUCCAUGACAAUUCAUUUAUUUGUCUCAGAUGUGAAUGACAAUCCUCCUGUAUUUGAGCAGCAGACAUACAGUGCUUAUAUAAGUGAAAAUAACAAACCAGGCACUUCUGUUUGUUCUGUCAGUGCAAAUGACCCAGACUGGAGACAGAACGGGACUGUACUGUACUCUCUGGUACCCAGUGAAGUCAAUGGGGUCCCAGUGUCCUCAUUUCUGUCUGUUAAUGGAGAUACAGGGGUGAUUCAUGCUGUAAGAUCAUUUGACUAUGAGCAGUUCAGAAACUUCAGUGUCAAAGUUGUUGCCAGAGACAAUGGUUCUCCUCCACUCAACAGUAACGUGACUGUGAAAGUCUUCAUAACAGAUGAGAAUGAUAACUCUCCUCAGAUAUUAUACCCUGUUCCAGAUGGAAAGUCUUUAAUGACUGAAAUGGUCCCUAAAGCGACUCUCUCGGGCUCUCUGGUCUCCAAGGUGAUCGCUGUAGAUGCUGACUCUGGACAGAACGCAUGGCUGUCCUAUCAGAUCUUGAAAUCUACUGAUCCGGGACUUUUCUCCAUUGGUCUCCAUAGUGGAGAGAUCAAAACACAACGAGACAUUUCUGAGUCUGACAAUAUGAAGCAGAACCUUGUUAUUUCAGUGAAGGAUAACGGUCAGCCGUCUCUGUCUACAACCUGUGCUGUGAAUUUACUCAUUUCUGACAACCUUUCUGAAGUUCCUAAACUUAAAGAUAUGACUUAUGAGGAGAACAACUCUAAAUUAACAUCAUACUUGAUCAUUGCAUUAGUUUCCGUGUGCACCUUCUUCCUGACGUUCAUCAUACUGAUGUUGGCAGUGAAGUUUUGUCACAGGAGAAAGCCCAGACUGUUGUUUGAUGGAGCAGUUGCUGUUCCCAGCGCCUAUCUGCCUCCCAACUAUGCAGAGGUGGAUGGAGCAGGAACUCUCCGCAGCUCUUACAAUUAUGACGCGUAUCUAACCACAGGCUCGCGCACAAGUGACUUCAAGUUUGUGAGAUCGUAUAAUGAAAACACGCUUCCUUUUGGUGGGACUCUAAAAAAUGAAGACAACAUUCAGUUUGGCUCGAGCAUGAUUACACUAGAUGUUACAGGAAUUGAAGAUGAGGUAAGAGAGGCUUAA